ACGGCUGUGCCGUAAAGCAGCGCGGCCGGCGGGAGCUGCGCUGGCUGCCCUUGGGAAGUGACGGGAGAUGAGCGGCAAUGGCGGCAACAAGGCCCUGGAGCUGCUGCGCUCCCUGCCUAGGGUUUGUCUGGCCAACCUAAGGCCUAAUCCAGGUUCCAAAAAGUUGGAGAAAAGACGUGGCCGAGGAAGAUAUAGAGGUAGGAAGUGUGGUCGAGGUCACAAAGGACAAAGGCAAAGAGGAAAUCGUCCCCGAUUAGGCUUUGAGGGUGGUCAGACUCCAUUUUACUUGGUCAUACCGAAAUAUGGGUUUAAUGAGGGGCAUAGCCGCAGAUACCAAUACCAGCCACUCAGUCUCCAGAGGCUGCAGUACCUGAUUGAUUUGGGUAGAGUUGACCCUACACAGCCCAUUGACUUGACACAGCUCAUCAAUGCCAGAGGUGUCACAGUGCAGCCUCUCAAGAGGGAUUAUGGUGUCCAGCUGGUGGAGGAGGGUGCUGAUAUUUUUUCAGCAAAAGUCAAUAUUGAAGUGCAGAGGGCAUCUGAAUUAGCAAUUGCAGCCAUAGAAAAAAAUGGAGGUGUUGUAACUACAUCGUUCUAUGAUCCACGGAGUUUGGAGAUUUUGUGUAAGCCAGUGGUAUUUUUCCUGCGUGGCAAGCCCAUUCCCAAGAGAAUGCUUCCACCUGAAGACCUUGUCCGUUACUACACAGAUGGCAGAAGUCGUGGGUACCUGGCAGACCCAGCUAAGGUUGCAGAAGCCAGGCUUGAGCUGGCCAAGAAGUAUGGCUACGUCUUACCAGAUAUAACUAAGGAUGAACUCUUCAAAAUGUUAAGCAUGCGCAAGGAUCCCAGACAGAUCUUUUUUGGCCUUGCUCCAGGGUGGAUCGUAAACCUGGCAGACAAGAAAAUUCUAAAGCCCACUGAUGAGAAUCUCUUAAAAUACUAUAGCUCGUGAACUCAGGACUGGAGCCAGCUGCAGGUGCACAGGAAACAUCUGGGUAGGAAACAGUGGAUAGAGGUGGUGUUUGUUUUGUUUUAAGAGUCUUGUUGUACUAGCCAAAACAUAAAUACGUAUUUGUCAUCUUCUGGUGUAGCUCUCAGCUCUUCAUACACUGUAUUAUGGCAAUAAAAAAGAGUUGUCAACA